UAUGCACAGACCUAAACCUCAUAUAAGAGUAAUGUAAGAGAAGGAAAUGCUUGAUGGAUACAGUAGACUUUAGUAAAUAGGACCAUUCAUAACUAUACCUAAAACUGUUGAAAGGAUACCAAAUAUGAAGAAAGUGUAGAUUUUAGAGGAUAGAUACACUCAAAUAGAGAAAGACAAUAGAUUAUUAUUAGAGAAGAUUACAAAUAUUAUGAAUAGUUCAAACAUUAAAUUUGAUAAACCAAAAAGAGUAAGUAGUUUAAAUUCAAGAAAAAGAAAUGAAUUAGAGUAAAUAAGAAAAGAUAAUUUAAUAUUAUUUAGGCAUAUCACUACAAAAAAAUCAUAAUAUUCAAAAUAAUAAUAUGAUAAGGAUUGGAGUUAAACUAAACAAUAUUUUUAUAAUUUAUCAGGUUAAAGACCCUCAACAUAAAAAAAUAAAGCACUUACAAGAUCUUUUGAAUUUUGA